UCUGCUUUCGUGGACCAACCUGUGUGCCUGGUCCCCGAACGAACCUCCACAGCGACACCGGGACGCGCGUCCGUGUCUCUCUUCUGUUCUCUAGUCUUCGCGUCAGUCAGUCAGUCAGUCAGCCAUCGGAGUCUCCUUGAUCCGCGCGCACGCCGCGGUCUUCUCUCCGGCGAACGGUGCCUCGGGGGAUCCUCUCUCUGCCUCUAUCUCUCUAUCUCUCUAUUUCUUUCUCUCGCGAUCGGAGCCGUCGAUCUCCUCGCUCGUCGAUUUAAUUGUUCGUCGGUCGCCGGGACGAAAGGUGCGCGCGCGCGUUCUCUCGCCUCUGGUCCACGGAUCCUCGAGCAGCCGGUCACCUGGGAUCAAAACGAGCCGUGGAGACACGGCCGGUGGUGAUAGCGCUUUUCUGGAGAUUCGAGCGGAUCGCGCGCGGAAGAUCGAGUCACGGACAAAAGGGGCGAGAAGAGAGCGACGGAAGUCGAUGCGACGAAGAUACGGGUUCUCGUCGACAAGAGACAACCGGAGGGCCACCCCCGGCCGUCGAUAAAUUACGCGGCCGUCGAGAUAACCCCGCCAGCUAAUUGUCGACCCCGUCCGUCCCGAUUCUUUACGAUGCGCGGCCCGAGCUUCACGUGAAGAAGGAAGAAGUCCGCGAUAAAGAAGCCAACGAUAAGCAACUCGGAGGCCGUUUCGCCGAAAUCCUCGGCCGGAUCCGGAUCGCCCUUAGGCUGUUCCGAGGGAGACGUGUCGCCCCCGGGGGUUCGGCGACGGGGAACACGUUCGUUGUCCGCGUCGCGAAUGCGGAGAACGACAGAUAAGUGAUCGACGAGAGGAUACGAAGAGAUGGAGCCGCACCGCGAUAACGCGUCCUCGGCGACGGAGACGAAAGCCGGCACGUCCACCGGGGAAACCUGCGGCAGCUCGUUGGACGACGCCGUUGGCAAGCUGCUACAAGGCUACGACUGGACGCUGCUUCCGGUAACGUCCCGCGCCGGGGGCCGUAGAAGCGCGCACGUGAAACGUCCGAUGAACGCGUUCAUGGUUUGGGCGCAGGCAGCCAGACGAAGACUGGCCGACCAGUAUCCGCAACUGCACAACGCCGAGCUGUCGAAGACCCUGGGAAAACUAUGGAGGAUUCUGAGCGACGGCGAGAAGCAGCCGUUCGUCGAGGAGGCAGAGAGGCUGAGGAACGCGCACAAGAAACAGCACCCGCAUUACAAGUAUCAGCCCCGUCGGAGGAAACCGAAGCCGGAGGAGCAGAUGGGCAUCGUGAUGCACCAUCGGGGACCGUUGUCCUCCCCGGGCACCUCGCUCGACUCCACCAGCUCCUCCGAUUGCACGUACCCCCGCCUGUACCCGGACACCAGCCUGAAGACGUACGACCGACCGACCUACCACGAGACCAAGGCCAGCUACGACCUGUCAAGGUCGUCCUGGCCCGGCGACGCGACCAAAUACCCCGUGGAUCACGAGGGCAAGCCGUACGAGCCGAACGCGAAGUGCUACGAGACGGUGAAGUACCACGAGGUGGCCACGGCGAAGUACCACGAGCCGGUGCCGAAGUACUCGGAGCUGCAGGCGAAGCCCUACGAUCUACCCAAGUACCCCGAGACCCUGAAGUACCCCGGGGACGUCACCAGUCCCAGCAAGUCGUACGCGUGCGUCCACAGUCAGUAUUAUUCCGCGCCAGAAGGGUACGCGAUGCACGAGGAGAACGAUUACCAAGCCCAGCCGGUCUCCACCCACUCCUUCUACCCGUACAUUUCCGCGUCCAUGACCCAGCCCCCCUAUUACAUGGGCCCCCGGUAGAUCAACGAAGUUGUUUCGCGAACGGGCCCGUUUCGACGAUCCGUGUCCGAUCGAAGCCGCGGCCGAAAGUUCGCCCUUUGUAAUACUUCUGUCGACGCCGGCCGGUCUCCGAGGCCAAAUACUGUGCCCAUGGGCAAAGAUCAACCCUUUGCGCUCGAAGCCCCCCGCUUUAAAUCUAGAAUAGUUUUGCCGACUUACUACGUUUCGAUUCCAAGCGAUUCGGCGGAAUUUGUGCGCGUCGAAUAUAAUUUAUGAAUAUGAUAAUAUGAUUUAACUCGUUUGAGUAUAAUUUGACGCGUUUAAAUAUAAUUUAACAGAUUGAAAUAUAAUUUAACAGAUUGAAAUAU